AUGGGUGAACCUCCAUUAGAAUUUAUACAACUCAUUUCUAGUUCACUUGAACAACAAAUAGAUGACGAAACACUUCAAGUAAUAAUACAAAAUUAUAUGACAGACCAUAGUAUACAACUUGAUGAUAUUAUUUCAUGGAUAACCCAUAGCGACAAUGAUAUUGUUCUAUCAAACGCAAAUCGAUUCUUACGUGGUGUAAUACAACAAUCAUUAGAGGACCCUUUACUAGUUACAGUGUUAAAAUCAAAAGUCAUAGAAUCAAUCAAACAAGCACAAUCAAACAAGAAUCUAGAUACUCUUAUUGAAUCAAUUCAAUUGUUAUUUGUUUCACUAUGUCCAUCAGGAGAAUGGCAAGAUUAUAUAGAGACAUUAAUAAGUUUGGUUGAAAGUGAAGACGAGUCAUCAAGAUAUGCAGGAAUGCGAUUAUUGGCAAAAGAAUGUUAUAUUGAUGAAAUUGAUAUUCAAGAUCAGAUGACUUUACUCAAAACAGCUGUAAUCAUCGGAUUAAAAAACACUACCAAUGAGAGAAUUAGAUUCGCAUCAUUGGGUCUAUCUAUCAAAUUGUUUUCAAUGAGAUCAUCAGAAGAUGAUGAAAUCGUUCAAGCCAUUCCAUUGGUCAUGCCAAUCAUCGGUCAAGCUUAUCGUGCAGGUGAAAUAGAUUCGGUCAAAAAGGCCCUACGACUAUUAUUGCGCCAUCCAAAGGAAGAUUUUGUCAAUUAUGCAAGAAUCAUCAUCAACACUCUACUACCCAUCGUUGAACAACCAGAAAAGUCUUUGAAAACACCAAUCAAAGGAAUGGUAUUCAAAAUGUUAAUAUUGGUUUCAAGUGUAGAACUCGAAGAGUGGGAUCAAAAACAACUUAUAGAACGAUUUGUAUUAUCAAUCUAUUCAAAUGUUGUUGAUCAAGUUCAAGAUCUCGAUAUAGACGUUUGGAAUAAUUCAUCAAAAGACAAUUACAUUGAUUUAAAUAUAAUUGGUGAAAAAUAUAAUGAAUAUAAUUAUCAUGUUGAUCAUCAAGAUGAAGGAGAAGGAGAAGGAGACGAAGAAGAAGAAGAAGAAGAAGAAGAGGAUGAAUAUUCAAUUUAUGGCAAUCAAGAAUAUAGUGUCAAUUCAAAACAAUUGACUAGAGAAUUUGGAGAGUUUUUAGCAAAUCGAGUUCUAUUGCCUAUUACUCUAGAGGAAUGUAAAAAGCGAGUCAUUUCAACAUGUUGGAGAGAUAGACAUACUGCAUUGGUACUCUAUACUAGGAUACUACCAUUUUUGACUGAAAUUUUUGAAGAAGAUUCAGACUUUAGUCAAGAAAUUGAAAAUCUUAUCGCCAUGUUUAUGCCUACUGCCAAUGAUACAGAUCCAAGAGUUAGACGGGAAUUUUUUACUUUUCUUUCAAAAGUAUGUGAAGAAUGUCCAAUUUUUUCAACAAGUGUGAUACAACAAUUACUAUCAAUCAUUGAAAAUGCAACUCAAGAUCCAAAUGAUCGUGUAAAAUCAGCUUGUUGUCAAUUUAUUCAAUUAUUUUUAGAAAAUUGUGAAGAGGAUACAUUAAAUUCAAUUUCACCAAAUGAUUUGUUUAUUGCACUCGAACAUUUAUUAGAUUCACCACGUCUAUAUGUUGUAGAGAGUGUUUUAUCUGCACUUGCCAGUACAUUUACAAUUGCUAAAGAAAAGAAUAAUUCUUUUUAUUCAAAUACAAUUAUUCCAAAGAUUAUAUCAAUUUUGGAAAAAUAUAAAUCAUCUAGAGAAACAAUUAGAGUUAGACGUCGUGCAUUGAGAGCAAUUCAAACAUUUGGAGAAAUCAAUGAUAAAAGAUUUUCAAAGGAUUUUAAUAGUUUAUUCCAAUAUGUUAGUGAUCAAGGUAGAAAAUUUGAUCUAGUUUCUGAUUAUAUCAAAGUAUGUUCAACGGCAUCAACUAGUCUUGGAGAGGAUUAUGCCAUCUACCUUGCACCAACAAUGAAAUUCAUUAUGGAUAUUUUCAAGUACGACAUUGAACCAACUGACGAAUACGAUGAUUCUCACUCAAGAGAGGUGUCAUUGGUCAGUUGUGCAUUGGAAAGUCUAGAUUCAUUUUUAAAAUCUUGCAAGUCUACCAUUUAUCCAUACCUCGAAUCAUUGACCAAUGCUUGUAUAAAAUUCUCAACGACCGAGGCUGAUCAAGAUAUUCGUUAUAGUGCCAUUAAUAAUUUCAAUUCAUUGCUUGGUACAUGUAUUGGUUUAUUUGGAAAUAAUAGUCAACAAGCUAAAACACUCUACUCUAGACUAUUGUCAUGCAUCUUGGAUUCGUGUGGUUCAAGUGAACAAGAUAUCGAUGUGUUGAAUGAAAAGUUGUUUGUGGCUGGUGACUUGACAGAAAUGAUGGGAGACUAUUUCAUGACAUUUGAACAGCUUUCAGAUACCAUGUCAAAGUUGUGGACUGUUAAAAAGAAAAGUUUUGGUCUUUUGGAUAGAGAAGAUGAAGACGAAGAUUAUUAUUACGAUUAUGAUAGUCCGUCUGAUUCAAUUGGCACCAUUUAUGAAUUAGUUGGUGAUAUGGUUCAAAAGAACAAAGAUAUUGCAAUCAAUGCCAUCAUCGUAGAUAUUAUUCCAGAGACUUUACAAGUAUUGGACGAAAGAUCAGAAGAUGGAAAGAUAGAAAAAUCAAUAUUGUGCAUGUUUUCAGAUAUUUGUCAAUUUGGUGGUCAACCAAGUAUCGCAUUGUAUCCUCAAAUCGUUCCAGCCAUGAUUGAUCAUCUUUCAUCAGACUAUGUAGAGUCUGCACAAAAUGCAGCUUUUGGGUUGGGUGAAGCUGCUGUCUCAGGUAAAGAUCAAUUUGCGCCCUAUGUAUUUAAUGCAUUGAUGCAACUCAAGGAUCUCAUCUCUCGUAAUGCAAAUGACAAGGAAAAGGAAAAAGCUCCAGCAACUGACAAUGCCAUAUCAGCAAUUGUCAACCAUGAAAGUCAACUUUAUAAAGAGACCGAACCAAAUCCAGAAUUAACUACAAGUUUUCUUCACGGUCAACAAAUAUGUGAUAAUAUUCAAUCAUCACUAUCUCUAUUGAUUAAAGAGAGAGAGAGAGAGAGAGAAAGAGAAAUGAAUACUAGUAAACCUCCAUUAGAAUUUAUUAAAAUCAUUAGUAAUCCUGAAAAAGUAGACAAUCAAACAAUUCGAACACAAAUACAAAAGUAUAUAGGUCCAACACAGAUUCAUAAUGUUAUAACAUGGAUAUUGUAUCUUCAAAGUCAUAGUGACAAUGAUACUAUUCUAUCAAAUUCAAUUCUAUUCCUAAGGGUUGUAAUACAAGAGUCAAAAGACAAACCUAAACUAAUGACAAAGUUAAAGCAAAAAGUUAUUGAAUCAACCAAAGAAGCACAAUCAAACAAGAAUCUAGAUACUAUCAUUGAUUCAAUUGAAAUGUUGUUUGAAUCAUUUUCUCCAAUUGAAGAAGAAGAUGAAUAUUGGGAUGAUUUUGUUUAUGUGUUGAUAAAUUUGGUUAGAAGUGAAAACGAGUUGUCAAGCUAUGCUGGAAUGCGAGUAUUGGCUAGAUAUACUGACUUUUUUGUAGAAGAGAUUGAAGAUAACAUAGAUGUGCUUAAAGCAGCUGCAGUGACUGGAUUAAAGAACACGAGUAGUGAGAGGAUUAGAUUUGCAUCGUUGUAUCUUUUCAUUGCACUUGUUUCUAUUCAACCAUCAGACGAUGAAGAAAUUGAUCAAGUCAUGUCAUUGGUCAUAUCAAUCAUUGGCCAAGCUCAUCGUGUAGGUGAUGCUGUAUUGGUCAACAGGGCGAUCCGAAGAUUAUUAUUACAAGCUGAAGACUGUGAUUUGAUCUAUCAUGCUAGAAUCAUCAUCCACACUUUUAUGACCAUCUUGGAUCAACCUGAAAAGUCAUCGAUCUUACCAGUUAGAGGAUUGUCAUUCAAAAUGUUAUUAAGGGUUUCAAGUACUGCUCUUCCGCAAUGGAAUCAACAACAACUUGAACGAUUUGUAUCAUUAACCUAUUCAAAAGUUGUUCUAGUUCAAGAUGUCGAGCUAGAUAUUUGGAACAAUUCAAACAAUAACCCAGAAAUGAUCGAUCACGAUAGAGAUAUAAAUGAUGAUGAAGAUGAAGAUGAAGAAGAAGAAGAAGAGGAGGAAGAAGAAGAAGAAUAUGAAGAUGAAGAUGAAUAUUAUGAAGAUGAAUAUUAUGAAGAAGAUUAUGAUGAAGACCAAGAUGAAGAUGAAGAAGAAUAUGAUGAAGAUGAUGGUAGUUAUGACGAACGAAAAUACAAUCUAGAUUUUGAAGAAUAUAGAGAAACAGAUGCUAGAAAAUUGAUUAGAGAUUGUGCACAGUUUUUAACAAUUCCAAUUCUAUUGCCUAUUGCUCUGGCAGAAUGCAAAAAGCGAGUGAAAUCAACAUGUUGGAGAGAUAUGGUUCCAUUUAUGGUUAACUUUUCCGAAGAGCACCCUCAAGAGAUGGAAAGUUUAGUCAGAGAGUGUACGGUGGCGGUCAGUGAUACCAAUCCUCGAGUUAGAUGGGCAUUUUUUGCUUUUCUUUCUCAACUAUCUGAUGAUUGUCCACAUUUUUCGACUAGUCUUGUUAAACUAUUACUACCUACCAUUGAAAAAGCAACUCAAGAUCCAAAUGAACGUGUACAAUCAGCUUUUUGUCAAUUUAUUCAAUUAUUUUUAGAAAAUUGUCAAGAGGAUACAUUAAAAUCAGUUUCACCAAAGAAUUUAUUUAUUGCACUUGAACAUUUUUUACAAUCACCACGUCUCUAUGUUGUAGAAAAUGCUUUAUCUGCCCUCGUCACUAUAUCGAUGGUUGCUCAAGAACAAAAUAAUUCUUGCUGCAUUUCAAGAACAAUUAUUCCAAAGAUUGUAUCAAUUUUGGAAAAAUAUGAAACAUCAAAUGAAACAGUUAGAGUUAGACGUCGUGCAUUGAAAGCAAUCAGAGAAAUUGGAACAAUCAAUAGUAAACAAUUUUCAAAGGAUUUAAAAACAUUAUUCAAAUAUGUUAUUGGUCAUGGUGGCACCAAAGAUGACAUAUUUUUUGAAUUUCUCAAAACAUGUUCGUCAGCAGCAGAAAGUCUUGGAAAGGAUUAUUCCGUCUACCUUGCACCAACAAUCAAAAUCAUUUUGGAUAUUGUCAAUCAGGAUAUUGAACAAAUUGACCAAGACGAAUAUGAUGAAAGUCAAACGUCUCGAGUCGAUCAUGCGCUGGAGACCCUGGAAACUGUUGUGACUUUUUGCAAGUCUAGCAUUUAUCCAUACCUCGAAUUAUUGGUCGUUGCUUGUAUAAGACACUCAACUUCCGAGGCUGCAGAAGAUGUUCGUAUCAGUGCUAUUAGAAAUUUCUAUCCACUGUUAAGAGUAUACCUGGAAAAAUUUGGAAACAAUAGUCAACAAGCCAAAACACUCUAUUCAAGACUAUUAUCAUGUAUCUUGGAUUCAUGUGGUUCAAGUGAGUCAAAUGUCGAGAUAUUGUAUGAAAAGUUGGAUAUUGCUGGAGAUAUGACUGUCAUGAUGGGCGACCAUUUUAUGACAUUUGAACAGAUUCAAGAUACCAUGUCAAAGUUGUGGAUUGUCAAAGAUAGAUAUUUUGAACUUUUUGAACAACAACAAGAGGAAGAGGAAGAGGACGAAGAUGAUGAUGAUGAUGAAGACAAUGACGAAGACGAGGACGAGAAUGAAAUGCAAGAUGCCAUUGGAAUGAUAUACGAUUUGGCUGGCUACAUUAUCCAAACAAACAAAGAGGUUGGAGUCAACGCCCUCGCGGAUUUUAUUUCAGAUUCUAUUCAAACGUUAGAAGACGAAAUGGAUGAAACGGUAAAGAUUGCAAUACUACAAAUGCUUACAGAUAUUUGUCAACAUGGUGGUCAACCAAGUAUUGCAUUGUAUCCUCUCAUCAUUCCAGCCAUGAUUGAAUAUGUUACAUACAACGAUGAUACAAUCGACAACAUAGGUACUGCAGCAUAUGCAGCAGUUGGUUUGGGUGUUGCUGCGACCCAUGGCAAAAAUCAAUUUGCACCCUAUGUAUUCAAUGCACUCAUUCAACUCAAGGGUCUCAUCGCUGGCUUUGGCAAUAAAAGGGAAACGAUCGAAGUAACUGACAAUGCCAUUUCAGCAAUUGGUAAAUUCAUUCGGUUUGUCCCUCAAUUGUCUCCACAUGUCGGGCAAAUCAUUCCAGUGUGGUUGGAUAAACUGCCCAUAGAAGAUCACGAAGAAAAUGUAAAGUGCCUCGAAAACUUGUACCAUAUUAUGCAAUUAUAUCCAAACGAAUGUCUUGGUGGUAAUCAAUUGACCAACGCCAAACGAAUCAAUAUUCUUUCAUUUGAAUGCCAACGAUAUCUCAAAAGACAAAUGCAAAAAAUAUAUCAUCAAAACGUUGACCCUGACGAUCAAUUGGCUAGCAGUGUCACAGGUCAACAAACAUGCGAGAAUAUUCGAUCAUCGCUAUCUCUAUUGAUUAAAGAGAGAUGGGAUAGUCUAGACAAAAAUAUACAACUUCGUUUUGUAUCAAUGGAUUUAAUGAAUGACCUAAACACAAUGUAUUUAAAUGAUGGUUAUACAGAGUUUGUUCAAUAA